ACUCAUUUGUGGCAAGAAAAAUACAAAGAAAGUCAUCAUGAAUACUACAGGGAAAGUUAUCAAGUGCAGAGCAGCCGUACUCUGGAAGGCUGGGGAACCAUUUUCCAUUGAGGAGAUAGAAGUGGCCCCCCCAAAAGCAAAGGAAGUUCGCAUAAAGAUCAUGGCCACAGGGCUCUGUGGCACAGAGAUGAAAAUGUUGGAGAAUCAGUUUCAGUAUCCCGUCAUCAUGGGCCACGAAGGGGCUGGGAUAGUCGAGAGUGUGGGAGAAGGAGUGAGCACCGUGAGAGCAGGUGAUAAAGUUAUCACACUGUUUCUACCACAGUGUGGAGAGUGUGCCUCUUGCCUUAAUUCUGAAGACAAUUAUUGUGUACAACUCAAACAGUCAUAUACCGGCCUGAUGCCUGAUGGUACCAGUAGGUUUACCUACAAGGGAAAACCAAUAUAUCAGUUUGCAAAUGCAAGCACCUUCUCUGAAUACACAGUGAUAAGAGAAAUCUCAGUUGCCAAGAUUGAUGCAGGUGCUCCUCUGGAGAAAGUAUGCCUCAUUAGCUGUGGGUUUUCCACUGGGUAUGGUGCUGCAAUCAACACUGCCAAGGUGACGCCAGGCUCCACCUGUGCAGUGUUUGGCCUCGGAGGAGUCGGCCUGUCUGUUGUCAUGGGCUGUAAAGCGGCCGGAGCAGCCAGGAUCAUCGGGGUGGACAUCAACAAAGACAAAUUUGAGAAGGCAAAGGAAUUGGGUGCCACUGAGUGCAUCAGCCCACAGGACUUCAAGAAACCCAUCCAAAAAGUUUUAGUUGAAAUGACAGGUGCGGGUGUGGAGUUUUGCUUUGAGGUCAUUGGAAACCCAGAAAUGGUGGCAGCUGCCCUGGCUUCCUGCCACGAGAGCCAUGGGGUCUGCGUGAUUGUUGGGCUCUUGGGUCAUGGUGUCCAGCUCAGCAUCGAUGGCCUCUUGUUCUUCUCAGGACGUUGUUUGAAGGGAUCUGUUUUUGGAGGCUGGAAAAGCAGAGAGAACGUCUCCAAACUGGUUUCCGAUUAUAUGGCAAAGAAGUUUAAUCUAGAUCCUCUAAUUACCCAUACUCUGAAUCUUGAUAAAAUCAAUGAAGCAGUUGAACUCAUGAAAACCGGAAAAUGCAUCCGCUGCGUCCUGUUCCUUUAAGUAAAACGAAGUGAACGCAAGAUCUGCAGCACAGUCCACCAAACUAACUGCAUUCUGUGUAAUUUCCAUGACUCAGAAGAAUUUUCCAUACAGUGUAGUUUCUAUUCUCUUGCCUUUGAUUCAUUCAGUAGUGGGCUCAGAUCUGACUUCUGCUCUUACCACCUCAUCAAAAUUGGUCUUAUAUGACCCAGUCUCACCAGAAACAUCUUCCCUGUUAGAGCUAGAUGAAAGCUGAUUUGAGUCAUUCAAGUCCAAACUUUUCAAACAGUCACCCCAAGAUACUCCAGUUUUCAUCAUUGUCUUUCUCUCUGGGCCCAUAAUUUUUUGCACACGCUGUCUCUCACCCCCAAGAAGUGCUGCUCAUUUCACACCAAAGAAACAAAGCUCACCAUUCAUGAGUUUAUUGACCAUUCAGGCUGAAGCAAGUUGAUGAGGAAGGGGGGUUAU